AUGGAUUCAACAGUGGAUUUUCAAUACUUUGUGAAUUCGGGCCAAUGGGUCAAAUUGAUUAGUAAGAACUAUCGGAUUUCCUUCAACAGAUACAACAUAAAACAAUCUCCUCUCCUCUCACCUUUUUUCAUAGGUUGUUUGGCCAGGGUAUAUACUGAAAAGCAUGCAAUAGGGUGGUUUGGUGAGACGGUACGUCUCCCAUGUGAAUUCCCCUACACGGAUGUCCUCGCAUUGUACUGGACGAACAGCAAUGGUGAAACAAAAGUAUCGUAUUUCAAAGGCGAACCUGUGAGCUUCGAUGAACGGUUUCGUUUGAAUGACGACUAUUCAAUCGAUAUCCUGAAUUUAAUGGUGUCAGACGAAGGAAAAUACACUUGCACCUUAGAACUUGAUUCUGGAGAUGGCUUCGUUAACAGUAGUGAACUCACCAUCUACGCGUCUCCAUCAAUGCCUCAGGUAACACCUUGUGUCCCUCAGUCAACAAAUAACCCAUACCAACAUCUGUGCGUCGUUGAAGCAGCCAACACAUAUCCUUUUAACCUGGAUUGUGUUGUCAGUGGCUUCAGACCCGAUGUAACCCUUGAAUGGACGUCAUCUGGUAAAGUGAAGCAGCCCCUUGGAAAUCCAUCCCGGAGGACAUUGCCCGAUGGUAGAUAUGAAAGGGAGGUGACCAUCAGUGUAGCUGCUAAAGAAGACGGAGAACAUAAUUACACCUGUACUGUAAGGGGCAAUGCCACCAACGGCUCUGACCGGUCAACAACCGUUACUAUCCUGGUUCCACCUACGUCAGUGAUCGUUGAUGGACUAUCAGUUGGAGGCAAGGUUGCGAUAUCUAUCUUUGUUAUACUGCUAUUGAUAGCCAUUGGAAUAGUCGCUUUAUUUGUGACUUUGCUGGUUCUAAGGAGGAAUAAAAAACUACCGCCUCUAGGUGAAGUAGUCUUGAAUGUCAUUCCAUUUCUGAGAUCAGUCUACCUACCCAUACCAGAUCCAGAAGAAGUUAGAUUACAAGGAAUUACAGAAGAAUUGGCUGAUCGACGCAAACGUUUACUGGACUUCAAAUUUGAGCGAGAUGGAUCCGUUGUGAAGGCUGCACACAUCGGCUUGUUUGGAGAAAUGAGUGCUGGAAAAUCGUCCUUCAUAAAUUCUCUUGAAUUUGCAUAUACAGGCAGAUAUAAAGAGUGUCAGGUGGUUGGUGACAAGGAAUCUGGUGGAGGAGAAACCAUUGCACGCACUGUCCUAAAGCUCACUGAUAGCAUUCACAUUUUCGACAACCGGGGCAUGGUCGACUUCAAUAAAUCUUACCUGAAUGAAGUAACUGCUCAGCUUCGUGGAGAACGCGGACCAGACAUAGAAAAAAUCGAGGCAAAUGAACAGGAAGAAAUACAUUGUGCUGUAUUCGUGUACAAACAGUCAUUAAUUACUCAUAAUUUCGGCUUCGAAUUCAUUGAGGACUUCGCAAAGAUGAUCAGAAAGCACACUGGUAUGUAAAUUGUUAUACCCUUAAUCAUG